CUCUUGACAGAUAUUUUCACAAGAAAAUUUGGGGUCGACGUUUGAAUAUAAGCAUUUUGUGAACAAGUCGGGAAUCGACUCAACAGUUUGGGAGAUGACAAUGAGUGCAUGUUUAUCGCAGCCCCCGAUUCUCUCUUUCACAGAUAUGGCCACUUCCCUUACUGAAAUUCAGCAAGCUCAUGCCCACAUGAUCAAAACUGGUCAUUUCAACAACACUUUUGCUGCAAGCAGACUCAUCAGUUUUGCCAUCACGAACCCUGAUCCUCAAACUCUCUCUUAUAGUCACUCCGUUUUCACUCGCAUUCACGACCCAAAUUCAUACACUUUUAAUACCCUCAUUAGAGCUUAUGCCAACGGCCUCAACCCACAAAAUGCACUCCCAAUCUUCCUUCAAAUGUUAAGUGGCCAUGCAAAUGUUGUUCCUGAUAAGUACACUUUCACUUUUGUAUUAAAGGCGUGUGCUAAUUUUGGUGGAUUGAGAGAAGGAAUGCAAAUUCAUGGUCAUUUGUUAAAGAAUGGAAUUGGGAGUGAUUUGUUUGUUCAAAAUACUUUGGUUCAUAUUUAUGCUAAAUCGGGGUGUAUCAAAAGCGCACGUAAUAUGCUUGAUAAAAUGCCGAAUCGAGACGUGGUUUCUUGGAAUGCGCUUUUAAGUGCUUAUGUGGAAAUGAGAAUGAUGGAGUUGGCGCGUGAAUUGUUUGAUGGAAUGGAGGAAAGGAGUGUAGAAUCUUGGAAUUUUAUGAUUUCGGGGUAUGUAAAUGUUGGAUUGGUUGAAGAAGCUAGACGGGUUUUUAAUAUGAUGCCUUUGAAGAAUGUGGUUUCUUGGAAUGCUAUUAUCACUGGUUAUGCGCACGCGAGUUGUUUUAAGGAAGUUUUAUUGUUGUUUGAGGAUAUGCAGAAUGCGAAAGUGAAGCCUGAUAAUUGCACAUUUGUCAAUGUUUUAUCUGCUUGCGCUCGUGUUGGAGCUUUAAGCCAAGGUGAAUGGAUUCAUGCUUAUAUUGAUAAGAAUGGGAUUGGAAUUGAUGGUUUUAUAGCUACUGCACUUGUUGAUAUGUAUUCCAAAUGUGGGAACAUUGAAAAGGCUAUGAAAGUUUUUAGAAGCACUCUGAGGAAGGAUGUUAGUACUUGGAAUUCAAUAAUUUCGGGUUUAAGUAUACAUGGUUUUGGAGAAUCUGCAUUGCAGAUAUUCUCUGAGAUGAUUGUGGAGGGUUUUGAGCCGAAUGAAGUGACAUUUAUUGGCGUUUUAUCUGCAUGUAGUCGUUCAGGGUUGUUAAAUGAGGGGCGUGAAAUGUUUGACCUCAUGACUCGUGUAUAUGGGAUUCAACCAACAGUUGAGCACUAUGGCUGCAUGGUGGAUUUGCUUGGUCGACAGGGAUUACUAGAGGAGGCUGAAGAACUUGUGAGAACAAUGCCACAGAAAGAAGCUCCUGUUGUCUGGGAAUCACUUUUGGGUUCUUGCAAAAACCAUGGUAAUAUUGAAUUGGCAGAGUUUGUUGCUAGGAAGCUCCUGGAGUUGAAUCCUCAAGAUAGUGCUGGUUAUGUUCAAUUGUCAAACAUGUAUGCAUCUGUUGGAAGAUGGGAUGAUGUUAUGGAGGUGAGAAGUAAGAUGAAGGCACAAAAAGUAAAUAAGGAGCCCGGUUGUAGCAUGAUAGAAGUGGAUGGAGUAAUUCAUGAGUUUUUAGCUGGUGAAGGAAUUAUUCCUUGAGCAAACUUUACCCUGGGAAGUAUGAAUUAGACAAUCCAGAUGCAAGCUCUUCUUGGUAAACCCUGGAGCCCAACAGGGUAUUAAACCUACUUAUUUUCGAGAAGUAACAAUUGUUCACUCUCCUGAUCCUGGCACUCCGUAUGAGUUCAAUUAAAGCCUACAAGUAGCCAUGUGCUGUAGAUUGUGGAAUCCACAAGAAUAGGCAGUGGACUUUUGAGAGAAAGGAGCCUUCAAAUCCAUAACUGUUGCAUAAAAAUUACAAAAUGAUAGAAUUCUGCUGAUGGGAUGUUAAAAUUGUUUGUACUUGGAGAAUGGAACCGCUUCGUCUUUAGAACAUUGUGGGGAGGCAUCUAGUGAUAGUGUUCCCUGAUUGUAAGUAGCCAGCUUUGUACUAUUUACCACCUAAAAACUUCUUUUCUUUUAGUACAUUCAGUUCUACCAAUUGUCAACUUAGAGGAUUCUGGUGC